CCUGCCAAGAGCUUGAAGUAGAAGGUUAAAAUUUAAUAAGAGAGUGAAGAUGAAAACAUAGUCGAGUUGAGAAGUAGAGCUUCAAAGGGGAGUGAAAGAGUAUGAGAGGGUUUUCCUCUGUAGCUUCAAGGGCUUCUUCACCUGCUUUCACCAAUCUCUCUAAACAAAACCAACGUUCACUCAGACCCAUUACUCCGAAACCCUCAAAUCUUGAUUCUGUUGCCACCACUAGCAACCCCAUUACUCAACAAAGUUCACCCACUAAGCCGAAGCCUUCAUCCCAUUCGAAUUCCAACACUUCCGUAGCAGUUAAAAAGGUAAACUUUCGAGCAACUGUCAUUGAUCAUAAGUAUUUUUCCCAAAUUCUUGCAAGAAAAGACUGGUAUUUAUUGCUAAACCACGAGUAUAAAGCCAAGAGGGUUACUUUGAAUCAGCAAGAAGUUGUUAGUAUUUUGCAAAAUCAAGAAAACCCAUUACACCCUUUUAGAUUUUAUAUCUGGGUUGUGAAGAUUUGUCCCUCUUUUGCGAAGAAUCAAUCAGUUAAGGUGGUUUUAAGUAAUGUACUUUUUAGGAAAGGUCCCCUUUUGUUGUCAGCUGAGCUUGUUCAAGAUAUCAGAAACUCUGGAAAUGUAGUUACUGUGGACUUGCUUUGUGUCCUAAUUGGUAGUUGGGGGAGAUUAGGGUUGGGGAAGUACUCUACUGACAUUUUGGAGCAGGUUUCUUAUUUGGGGCUUGCUCCUAAUACUAGAUUGUAUAAUGCGGUAAUCGAUGCAUUGAUCAAGUGCAAUUCACUUGACUUAGCCUAUUUAAAGUUUCAGCAAAUGCAGGUAGAUAACUGUAAACCAGAUAAAUUUACGUAUAAUAUUCUUAUUCAUGGAGUUUGUAAGGCUGGGGUUGUGGAGGAGGCGCUUCGUCUGGUGAAACAGAUGGAAGGAGUGGGAUACUCUCCCAAUGUGUUUACUUACACAAUUUUGGUUGAGGGGUUUUGUAAUGCUAAAAGGGUGGACGGGGCAUUUGAGCUGUUUGGGGUAAUGAAGAGUAGGGGUAUUGUACCAAAUGAAGCUACUGUAAGAUCAUUGGUUAAUGGGGUAUUUCGCUGUGUGACACCAGAUAAGGGCUUUGAAUUGUUAUGUAGAUGGUUAGAAAAAGAACAUGUCUUGCCUAAUGUAGCUUGUUCUUCCAUGCUACAGUGCCUUAGUACUAAAUUUUUGCCCAGAGAAGCAGCUCAACUUUUAAGAAUUUCAAUUGAUAAAGGUUACUUCCUGGAUAACUCAAUUCUUAACAUUGCACUGACUUGCUUAAUCAAAGGAUUGGAGCUUGAUGAUACUUGUCAGAUGUUAGACUUCAUCACUGUUCGAGGUGUGAAGGUUAGUGUUGAUAUUUAUCUUGCACUUGCUGAUGCUCUCUAUAAAGGAGGGAGAGUUGAACAGGGGAACAAAUAUAUGGACCAGGUGUUUAAGGAUGGUCUUGUAUCUAACACAUUCUUCUAUAACCGGGUCAUUGAUUGCUUUUGCAAAAUCAAAAUGAUGAAAAAAGCAUCAGAUGCUUUCAAAGAUAUGCUUCAGAGAGGUGUCACUCCCAAUAUUGCAACUUUUAACACUCUUAUUAGUGGAUAUUCCAAGGUAGGGGAGGUUAACAAGGUACAUGAGCUAUUAGUCAUACUACUAGAACAUGGUUUUCGACCAGACAUUUUCACGUUUAGUUCAAUGAUUGAUAGCCUCUGUAGAGUAAACCGCAUUGACGAUGCUUUAGACUGUCUCACAGAGAUGAUAGAAUGGGGAGUUGCUCCAAACACUGUACCAUACAAUAUCUUAAUUCGUGCACUUUGUGUCCUCGGGGAUGUAGGUAGAUCACUGAAAUUAUUACGAAAAAUGCAAGGUGAUGGAAUAAAGCCAGAUGUUUUAUCCUUCAAUGCCUUAAUCCAAAGUUUUUGUAAGAUGAAUAAGAUUGAUGAGGCACAAAGGCUUCUGGUAAGCAUGUUGACCCUGGAUUUGAUCCCUGAUAAUCAUACUUAUGGUGCUUUUAUCAGAGCCUUAUGUAACUCAGGGAGAUAUGAUGAAGCUAAGAACUUGUUUUUUUCAAUGGAAGCAAAUGGAUGCAUCCCCGAUGCUUUGACAUGUAAACUAUAUCUUGAUUCACUUAUUCAAUCAGGUCAUACUAAAGAAGCUCAGGAUGUUUUAAAGGAGUGCGGAAAAGGGGGGAUGCUAUUGGAACCUAUCACUUCUUCAUAGUAUCUUUGAUUUAGGAGUGAUUAUCACUUAAUGCUCACAAGCUACGCUGCGUGUUAGCCAAUCAUGAACAUACCAUUGCUAUUGCCCCAUCAGGUUGGCCAAAUGACUAUAGGAAUGGAAUGGGCUGAGAAAGCAAGCAACAUGGCCAGCUAUCUUCUGAUCUAAAAGAACUGUUAUAUUGCUUGUUUUUCCAUGAGAUCGGGAAAAAAUAUGUUGGUGCUUUAUAUCAAACACCUCUUUGAUCUUAAGAAAUCUGAUUUCAUUUCAAGGACCUGACUAAAGGAAAAAGAAGGAAGUUACUGUCAUGGUCUUAUCAAUGACAAAGUCCAAACAGAUUUUUCUACCUGUUAUAGAUAAUCACCAUGAAUAUGAAGAUAGAGCUCCUUGUUUAGGUCUCUCAUGCAUUAAACCUGGGUGUAAGUUUGCAAAAGUUUGUGUUCAUGCAGCUUCUGGCAGCUAUGAUGAAGUUUUUUUCUCUACUAAUUCCUUCAGCCAUGUAAAGAAGGCCGAACAUAAGUUAACAAGAUGUCGCUCCUGACAUGUGCCUUAAGGCCCUCGUAAUGUAGGAUAUGGAGAUAUCUGAUUGUCUGUGUUGGUUGAGAACUUUUAUCUCAGCAUGCAUGAUUAAAAAAAAAGUGUCGAUGUUCUGUUCUAAGUUGGCCCGUUGAGGCUGGGGUGGUUAUUCUUUUGGGGUUAAAAGGAGUAAUGUGUAAUGACAAGUCCAACCACUACUGAGUACUUAGCCUAGCAGAUUCGCAAAAGGAAGGAUUACGAGGAAGUGAUGCUGUCCCUUUUUAACAUUUUAUUUGGAAUCUGAGAUUGGUCUUUGCCAUAUUUCGAUAUUUCCAGAAGCCCUCCUAGCUAAGUAAUCACUAAUCAUCAAGACACAAGCCCCUGUAUCAAUGUAUUUCUGUUACUAAAUGCUUGUAUGAGGAACAAUAGCAUGUUUCUCUUGGAAAAUUGUUUUAGUGUGAAUUACUAACAUGUAUUAGCAAAUUCAGUAUGUUCUGUCAAAUGUAAUAUUUCACUAAUGUGAAUACUUCAAGAUGAAUUGUUGAUAUGCUUAUCUAAGUAACAAAAUUAGGUGUUC